UUAUAAUAAAAAAAACAAAAAAAGAAAAAAUUAUAUAUAUAUAUAUACAUAUAUAUAUAUAUAUAUAUCGCAUUUACGUGUUAUCUCGUUCGUGUUAGUUUUCUUAUUCGUAAAACAAGAAAAGAAAAAAGAAAAAAGAAAAAAAUACACAAAUCCUUUGUAUAAACAUCGAACGAAAGGGACAAGGACCAAACCAAAACUAUUUCGUUUCUUUUUUUUCUCUUUUUUUUUUCUUUUUUUUUCUUAUUCUUCUAUCUGUAAGAAGGAAGAAAGAAGAGUCCUGUGGACGAAUAAAGACGAGCAUUUCCCCACCAUUCGCUCGUUUACUUCUUCGUGUCGAAGUGGUGAAAUCAAUUGAAGGAAAAAUCGUACAUGGAUUAGGAGAAUGAACGAAUUUUUGCACAACCUACUGAGAGAGAAAGAGAGAGAAAGAGAGAUAAAGAGAGAAAAAGAGAGAGAGAGAGAGAGAGAGAGAGAGAGAGAGAGAGAGAGAGAGAGAGAGAGAGAGAGAGAGAGAAGACUUGGCUUUGGUGAGGACGAAAGGAAAUGAACUUUCGCACGAAUUCCGAUAAUUUCUUCUUCGUGGGUGAAACACCCAUCCGGAAAUACAUAAUGGCAAGGACGAUAUGAAUGAUUCAUCGACGGUCAUCGAGCGGCAGCUCGAUAUGGAUGUAACUCUCGAGGACAACAAUUUGAAAGUAUUGCCAAUGCAAAAUGUGGCACGACAAGAUUCGGGAGUACCAGAGGAUCUUGUAUCUCCGGUUUGUGAUGCUAACAAUAAGUCGUUGGACGACGAGGAUCCAGAUUGUACUAUGAACAGUGACUGUAAUAUUACGGUGAUACACGUUACGGAAUUGGAAAAUCGUAAUAAGGAAGGAGAUAGAUCUUCGUCUACGUCUUUGGUUAAUGUCGAUAGAAAAGAAUAUACGGGUGAGAGUAAGGAUAGCAAAGAUGGAAGCGAUAGUGGAGUCGAGGGUUGCGCUACUGAAGUACCAAGAGUACGUAGCCGAAACAGUAUAGACUAUGCCAGUAGUUGUGGUGGUCUUGACGAAGCUUCCUGCGAUUCGAGUUUAGUCAGUUGUUGUUCGGUAUACGAAGAUCCAUGUGCGACGUUACCUGAUGACGUUAGAUUAACAACAGGUGGCGAAGGUACAAGCGAAGGUGGUAGCGAAAGUUCAUCGAUAGCUGGUAGCGUAUCAGCUAGGGCAAAUCGUAGUAGUAACGUUAAAAGGACCUCGACUGUUUCAAAUUCGAGUAAAAAGAAAACGAUUAAUAGCGAGACACCGAAGACGAGCCGUGCAAAGCCAGCUCUUUUGAAUGCCAAUUACGUACCAACGACUCCACGUUCGAAACCAAGGAUCAAUACGCCAAGAAAUAUUAUUGGUAAAACGCAACCGGUGAUUAAAGACAGAGCAAGAUCAAGGGAAAAAUCAGGUGCAAGAGAAUCGAAUUGCGAUAGUAGUACAACAACCGGUAAUACUCGUAUGUCGUCAAAUUUUCGUUCUACCACUGGCACGGCACAACAAAGAACGAGAACAAGACCAAUACCACCAGAUUCACUGCCUUCGGUUUUGACUACAGAAAUAAAUAAGGAUCUUGCUCAACGUGGUAGUAAAGGUGGUUCAAGUGGUUCAAGAUCCCGUGGUGGUUCUAGUACUAGGAUAACAACACGUACACCGGGCUCAACUCCGUCCGAGGAAACACGAAAACCAUUGCCAACUUCACGUACACUUUAUAAUAAUAAUAAUAAUAAUAAUAAUAAUAAUAAUAAUAAUAAUAAUACCGGUAGAACAGAACCGGUUAAGAAUUUACGUUUGGAUAAAAUGACUAUUAGUUUGGACAACAAAGCAUUGGAUGCUUAUGCGACAUUACCACGUAGAAAUAAGAAUAAAAUGACGAUUGUUAAAGGUAACGAGAAGACUGACAAAAUGGUCAGGAGCAGAUCUGGUAGUAGAGAUGGUAGUAUUGGUAGACAACCAGAUAAAAAGGCGCUAAGUGUUAGGGAUUCAGUUCAUAAAAGUUUACCGCCUUAUCCUAGAAAUAAACCAAUCGAAAAGACAAGGAUUUAUCAUGAGAUUGGAAUACAAACGGGCUUAACCGGGAACGAUAUAGACAAUGCAUUGUCUGGUAUACCUAGUGCCGUACCAGGACCCGAUAUAAUCGAACGUUUGCACGAGACUGUUCAGACCGAUGGCACAUGGGAGGACAUGCAGACAAUGCAGAAUGAUUUGAAACGUUUGAACGAGGAAACUAAUGUAAAGAAGGAAGAGAAUGAUAAGCUCAAAACUGAAAUAGUCGAGGUUAAACGUCUUUUGGAGGAAGAACAAGCCGAUCAUGCAUUUGCAAGGCAAGAAUUAGAUAGAAAUGCACGAAGAGUUUUGGCUAUGUUAGGUACACCGCAAUCAGAACAUGCAGAGGGUAGCGACAGUUUCUUAGAAUUAGAAUCUCAUUUGCAAUCUUCGGGACAAGUUGUUGCCAAUCAACAAAUUGAAAUAGCCGAUCUACAAUCACUUUGUCGUAUGCUUAGCAGGGAUUUGGAAAAGAGUUUAGCGGCGCAAAAAGCAUUGUUACAGCAACAGCAAGAAUUGGAGGCGGAGUCCGCGGAGAUGCAAGAUUUUCUUCAACAAGAAAAAACAACUCUGGCAGACGCGUUAAAGGAUGCCGAGAUCGAGCUAAAGAAAAAGGAAGAAGCAUUGACUCAACGAGAGGCGGAAUUGGAAAGGCAGACGGAAGAAUGUAAACAUUUAGUCCGAAUCAGUGAACAGCGAAGGCAAGAGAAUUUGUCAUUGAACAUGAAAUUAAAUGCGGUCGAACGAAAAGGUAGAGAACUAUUAUUAACCCAAGGUGCUACAAUAUCUGGCGCAUCGGUGGCACUUUCAGGUCUUGGAACACGAUUGGAGGGAUUGGUAGAUCAAUUAAUAACAUCUUACAAUAUUUCAGUGAAAGAUCUCGAGGAUGUAGUAUAUCAUAACGAAGCAUACAGUCGAAGCAACAGUAGUGUAGAAUCGAGUCCUGUUAGCUCAAAGAAUAGCUUAAAAGAAUGUACUCCUAGUCCAAAAAGUGGUUCCUUUGUUUCCGCUGUUAUCGGUGCUAUCCGUAACGCAGCGACACAUCCUUUCGUAACAAAGACUGUGGAUAAAAAGUCAUCAAUAGAAUCGACGAAACAAAUGUAUAAAGACAUAAGUAUGGACUCGUCUUCCGAUUUACUUGAUUUUGAAACCGAACCAUGUUUAAUGAUGGAAAGCGUAUUGGAAGAUGUUACAUUGCCGGAUACUUAUUCGCACAAUAUGAUAUCUAGUAGCGAUUCUCUUCGUAGAGCUUUAAGCUUUCCAGAAACUGUCGAUGAAAAUAAUAUUAAGAAGACGAAAGCAUUAGACGAAUGUACGAGUUUAACGAAUCUCACGCAAGCUAUAUUACAUCGUAGAAAAGUACAGGACGAAGAGGAAGAUGAUUGUGAAUCCAUAAGUGAAUCAGACACUGGGACCAAUGACGGACCACUUCCUUUAACGGAUUAUUGUCCAGCAGUAAGCCUUGUCGAUCAAGUAAUAGACGUUGAUAAUCUAGUUACGAAACUUUUAAAGGUGUUGCGAAUAAUACAGCUUGAAAAUGAUACGUGUAUACAAGAGUUAAAGGAAGAUAAAUGUGAUUUAGAAACAAAAUUAGAAGUUGCCUUGACCGAAUUAGAUGAGCUACGUAAGAUCGUAGAUAGUACCUAUCAAUCCGAAGACAUUUUAUGCAAUAUGCCAGAUCGAAAGCGUAGCGUCGUGGAAAAUUGUCGUCUUCUGAUUAAGGAGGCGGGUAAGGAGGAAUUAAAAUUUGAUGAGCCCGCAGACGCUAAUAAUAGUGGCUCCCCAGAAGCUAAAAACUGUGAGGAUCUCAACGCAAACGAAGAAGCCGAAAUCUCCUCUUAAAAUACCAUUUGUACUCCUCUUACAGAGAGUGCAUUUUAUUUAUCAAUGAAGUUCCAAAGAGUUUUGCAAUCUCGCACAAGCGAUUCUUGCGUAUAAUAAGAUAUAGAGAGAAAGAAGAUUUGAAAAAAAUUCAUAAAAACAAAAUUGGAUGUUGAUCAUUAAAAAUCCUUUUUGUUCUAUGAAAGUAUUCAAAAUUAAUAAUAAUAUAUACAUAAUGUUUUCCAAAGUCGAGAGAACACAGGGUAACACUAGUUUUACAAUAUAAUUAUUAUUAUUAUCAUUAUUAUUAUUACUACUAUAUUAUUAUUAUUACUAUUAAUACUAUUAAACAAAAAAGAAAAGAAAUAAAUAAAUAAAAAUAAAAGAGAAAAACAAACGAACGAACAAAGGAACAAACAAACAAAGAAAAAAAAAACGAAUGAUGUCGAACGUGUGACAAAUUAAUUGAUAAAAAUAACGAAUGGAACGUUAAAUAUAUACGGACACAAAAUAUGAUCAUGACAAUUUGAACAUAUGUAUGUAUGUAUGUAUGUGUCUCGUUUACUCGUUAUUACAGUCAUGAACAUAUUUAAUAAUAAUAGUCAAUUGGAAUUUCAUUUUUAUCGUGAGUAAGUCAGUUUAUAAUUUUAAGUGUUUAACGAUGAACAAUAUAGUCGGACGAUGCUAUAUAAUGCUGCUUUAUAUAUAUAUAUAUAUAUAUAUAUAUAUAUAUAUAUAUAUAUAUAUACUAGAAUUGCAAUAUAUUUGAAAAUGUAUUCUUGUAUACACAUCCUCGACUUCCAAACAUAAGGACGCAUAUAUUUUAAUGAUUGUAUAUAAACAGAAACUGUGACGCUUAUUUUCCAUUAUCGUGUGUUUCACAAGCCAAUAUAAAAUUUCUUCUUAAAAAAUGCAUUACGUGUUAUUUAAAGAGAACUGUAUUCGCGAAGUGUCUUCUGGAAAUAAUCAUCAUUUUCGAAAAUAAAAUAAAAUAGAAUAAAAUAAAAAAAAAAAAAAAAAAAAAAAAAAGAAAGAAAGAAAGAAAUAAAAGAAACGAGCGAUUCCACCCAAUUAAAUUGUACAUGCAAAGGAGCAUAUAUAUAGUCUUAAGCAUUUUUAUACAAAAUAUUACGAAGUAUUGUGAUCAUAUACCAAAACAAAAAAAAACAUACACAUAUACGCGCGCGGCGGGCAUGUACACACUCACAAUCACACUCAUACACACACACAUUUACACACAUACGGAGCAGACAUAAAAAUAACCAGAACAAAAAUCAUAGACAAUGUAUUUUAAUUUUUAAUCAAAUAUAUUUCAUUUCAAGAAGAAA